AUUCUUAUAAAUUCUUCAUACGCUGAAUUCACAUAAUUUAUUCUAUAAAUUAAUCUUCAAUCAUGUCAUCAAAUCAGCUUUAAGUGCCUUCAAUGACUCUUCUGACCCGCCUGUAUUGUGAUCUGAUGUUUUGAUUGGUUUUUCUUGCCGUUAGUCAUUGACUGUAACUGCUCUAAGUUUAUUUAUUAAAAAAUAAAUUUAGAGCAGAAUAUUUCUACAUAUUGCAUAGUUUUCCCUAAGCUGAUGAAGAGUAAGCUCAAUAUUUUCAAAUAAUAGUACUGAGCAACAUGUGAGAGCAGAGAGAAACAUUGUUUUUAUAGGAGAAAACAUCCAACAGAGAUUAAAUUAAGUGCCUUUAAAUGACAUGAGUUGGAGCUAUAUAUUGUUAGUAAACUCAAUUGCAAGGAGUAUGAAGGACAGAAAGGGAAUUUAAAAAGCAUACACACACUGGGAUGCUAGAAGAGCCAGUCACUGGACAGCAGUUUUUUCUGUGAAAAACCUUUCAGCAAAGACUAAGUAUAUGAUAAAAAAGACUGAACCUUUAAAUUCCUCACAAGCCACUUUCUAAAUGGAUGAAAUAACCAUCCAUAUAAAUCUAAAAAAACAUUUUUUGAUAUAAUUUUAUUUUACACUGCAUUACAUAGGUGUACAGUAGAAACCUCCAUAUGAAUAUCUAUAGGAGCUUAACUGGCAGAGAAGCAGCAAAGUGAAGGAGAUCUAAACUGUCAGCAUGAAAGCUGCCAAGCUGGUUUAUGCACAUUCUAACAGCCGCUCCCUUCACAACAGUCACAGCAACAAAAAUUAAACACCUCUGUGAGGUUGGUACUUGGAAAAAGUUAUGUUCUUCAUAACCAGAGAAAAACGUAGUGGUUGGAUUUUCAAGAAUAUAAUGAUCUUUGUGAUUUUCCUACAAGCCUCCCUGUAUUCUUUUGCAAUGGGAGAAAAUGUUUUGGAGGGAGCAGAAUCAGUUGUGCUGCCAUGCCACUACUCAGGUAUUUUACCAGAGCGAAACCCCACAGUGAUCUGGAGACGCUAUGAUCUCAAACCACAAACUAUCCAUGUGCGCCGAGAAGAUGAUGAUCUUCGUGGACAAAAUCAACGUUUCAGUGGGCGAACGUCAAUGAAAUCUAAUGCUUUAGAUUCUCUUGACUUCAGCCUCACUCUGAGAAAACCUCACUUCUCUGACAGUGGUACCUACACCUGCAGCCUCAGGGACGACAGAGAAGAUAUCACACUAACAGAUGUUCAACUGCAGGUUGAAGCAUCUCGGGAGUCUUUGACUGUAAAAGUGGAGGUUUAUAAGGGAGAACAGUCUGUCGUUCUGCCCUGCCAGUACAGCCAAGUAUUAGAAGAGAUUCUCACAGUGAAAUGGAGCCGCUAUGAUCUCAAUCCCAACACUGUACAUCAACAGCGAGAAGGAGACGACCUACAUUCACAAAAUCAACUUUUCAAAGGACGAACAUCAAUGACGCCUCAUUCUCUAGAUUCUGGCGACUUCAGCCUCACUUUGAAAAAACCCCAACUUUCUGACAGCGGGAUCUAUAUCUGCAGUAUCACUGAUGAUGAAGGAGAAAAAAAGCUAUCAGACGUGCAGCUCCAUGUCAAAGUUUUGCUCCCAGCCUCUAAGGAUGCUUUGACCGUAAAGGUGGAGGUUCAGUGGGCCCAAUUUGUUGUGCUUCCCUGUCAGUACCAUCAAGUAUUGGAAGAGAUUGUCACAGUGAAAUGGAGCCGCUAUGAUCUUAAUCCCAACACUGUCCAUCAAAGACGAGAAGGAGACGACCUACGUGGACAAAAUCAGAUUUUCAAUGGACGAACAUCAAUGAGAGCCGAUGCUCUGGCCUCUGGUGACUUCAGCCUCACUCUUAAUGAACCCCCAGUCUCCGAUAGUGGGAAUUACACCUGCACCAUCAUUAAUGAAGAAGUAGAAAUUAAGCUGUCAGAAGUUCAGCUGGAUGUCAUAGCAAUUCCAACUUGGGUUAGAGUUCUGCUGGUUCUGCUGGUUUUGCUGGUUCUUACCAUUUUUGUGAGCCUUUUUUUUAAGUUCCGACAAUAUUUAAUGUCAGAAAUUUCUACUCGGGCCAGAAUCCUCUUGGUUCUACUGGUUUUGCUGGUUCUUGUUUUUGUUUCCGGGGCCCUUUUAUUCUAUUUCCAACAUAAAUUUAAGACAAAAAUUCCAACUUUGGCCUUAGGUGUCCUGUUUCUGCUGUUGUUUCUCACUAUCAAUGUGAGCAAUUUGUUCCAUUUUCGACAACGAUACAUAUCAAAAAUUUCAUUUUGGACCAGAAUUCUUCUGAUUGUGCGGGUUUUCCUGGUUCUGCUGGGUCCUGCUCUUUCUGUGGGCUGGUUUUUUAAUUUUAUACCAGGAAUAUAUUUAACAUUUUUAGGAAUUGCUGUUGUUGUGAUGGCUGUUCUUGCUAUUUGUGCGGAAAUUGUAUUUCAUUUCAAAGACUAUUUGCUACCAGAAAUUUCAACUUGGAUCAGAAUGCUUCUGGAGUUGUUGUUUAUGCUGGUUCUGCUUUCCUUUCAUGCAAGUAUGUUUUCUGGCAUCCAAGGCUACACAAAGUCAGAAAUAUUUUCAACUUGGUAUGGGAUUAUCAUGCUCCUCCAUAUUCAGGUGUUUCUUGUCUCUGAGACUGGUGACCUGUAUUUUCAUUUUCGAGACAAUCUGCUGUCAGAUAUGUCAGACAAGGUCAGAAUCUUCCUGGAUUUGCUGGCCAUGCUGGUUUUGUUUUCCGUGUAUGGGGGCCUCUUAUUUCAUUUCCGAGACAAUCUGAUGUCAGAAAUUCCAACUUGGGCCAGAAUUUUUCUGGUUUUGUGGAUUCUCCUGGUUUUUAGUGUUCAUGUGGGUCUUUUAGUCUUUUUUCGGCAAAAUUUUAUGUUGGUUUACAGGGUGGAGGAGGAUCCAGGAGUGGAGUCUGUUCUGUUGCCAUUUAAAACUUCACUCCGUCUGCCUAAAGAAAUCCAGGUAACAUGGACGAACAACUCUGACAGAAUCAUCCACAAGGCUCAGGGGAGCUCAUGUGGCUUGCUAAGGCUAGAAGAACAAGACUUCCAGUACGCAGACAGAACAGAGAUGAACAAAACUUUUACAUUGGGAGACCUCAGUUUGAUAUUGAAGAAUCCCACAGACAGAGACACAGACAGCUACACAUGCACCGUCUCUAAGAAAUCAGGAAAAAUCCUGGUCAAGAAAAAAGUUCUGCUCAAUGUCAAAGCUGGACCUGACUCUCUCAUCAUAGCCAUAGACUUUGGUUCAGGAUUCAGUGGCUACGCCUUCAAUGUUAAACCCAGAGAGGAAGGAGGUGAGACCCAGAUAAGGAGAUGGAGUAAUGGACUUGGACUAGACACCCCAAAGACUCCAACCUGCAUCCUGUUUGAUGAACAUGAAGAAUUUAUGAAGUUUGGUUAUGAAGCUAAAACAGCAUUUACCAAUAUGAGAGAAGAAGAAGCUGAGAAAUAUUAUUUCUUUGAAAACUUCAAUAUCGUUAUCCAGGGCAAAGACACCAGCAAGCAGACAAUUAAAGCAGCAAAUGACAAGUCAAUGAAGGUCCUGAAGGUUUUUACAGAAGCUCUGAGAUUCCUGAAGGACGAUGCUCUGAAAACCAUCAGAUCUCAUCCAGAAGGUGGAGAGUUCACAGCAUCUGACUUCACCUGGGUGCUGACUGUUCCUGAACUCUUGGAUCAAUCAACGAAACAGUUCAUUAUUGAAGCUGCAACUCAGGCUGGUCUGGUAACAGACGACACUAAAGACAAACUGAUGUUUGUUUUGGAGUCAGAAGCAGCUUUGACCUGGUGUUUGAAGCUUCAAUCUGAUGGUUUCAUCACACAGAACCACAGCAGAGACUCACAGGAUCAACCUGCAGGAGCAGCAGAACCUGAUACCAGCUGUAACGAUCCACCAGAAAGUCAGGAGGUUGUAAAGUUUAUGACCAAACCAGAAGAAACUAUAGUCCUGCUGGAGACCCAAAGAGACGGGAAACGGUACCUUGUUGUCAGCUGUGGAGAUCCAGCAGGAACUCAGGAGGCCGUACAGUUUACUGUGGAACCAGAAGAAACAAAAGUCCUGCUGGAAACCCGAAGAGACGGGAAACGGUACCUUGUUGUCGACUGUGGAGAUCCAGCAGGAAGUCAGGAGGCCGUACAGUUUACUGUGGAACCAGAAGAAGUCAAAGUCCUGCUGGAGACCCAAAGAGACGGGAAACGGUACCUUGUUGUCGACUGUGGAGAUAAAAAUAUUCACUUCACUGUUCAUGAAGUCCUGGAAGGAGGAGCCAUGAAGAAGCUGCACAACGACUCUAAGGACGAUCUGGGAGGAAGAUAUGUGGACAGAAAAUUCAACGAGUUCCUGAGAGAAAUUUUCUCUAAUGGAGUCUGGAAUGAAUAUGAGAAAAAAUUCCCCAAUGAGGUUCAGAAGAUGAUGUAUGAUUUUACUCGUCUCAAACAUUUAGGUGAAGAUGUUCAAAUCAGUUGCCUGGGUAACCUGGUCAUGUUGGCUCAGAAAAACAAAGAGAUUGAAACGUUCUUUGAUUCAGUGGAAGGAGCUUCCUGGGAUGAUGGAUCUAUCAGAAUCUCCAGAGAGAAACUGAGAUCUUUCUAUGAUGAGAGUCUGCAGGGAAUCACCAAGAAACUCAGAGAAAUAUUAGACAAAAAUCUCAACAUUGGGUUUAUUGUGUUAGUGGGAGGAUUUGCUGAGAGCCAGAUUCUACAUCAGAACAUCACUGAUCAGUUUGGACCUCAGUAUAAAGUCCUGUGUCCUCCUAGACCCCAGGAAGCGAUCCUGAAAGGAGCCGUAGAGUUGGGGAGAAACCUGAAGUUGAUGGAGUCUUAGAGAAAACAUCCAGCUUGGUUCAAAUGUUUAUCAUGAGAUUUAAUUCUCCUUUUUUUGUUCUGAAUAAUCCAGACAAUGUGUAUAGUUUGUUUUCUGUUUGUUUGUUUUUCUUUUUUGGGGGGGUAGGGUCUGUUUGUUUUACUAGUUGAUACAAUUGUAAAACGUUUUCCAUGGUCCAUCUUUUCUGUUUAGAACCAGAAACCAAUAAAUCAGUCUUGAAUUUGUAAACUGAAUUAAAAAUAAAAGUUAUUUUUUAUUUAA